UUGGAUAUCGUUCAUCGCUUGUCGCUUAUCGCGUCUAGUGUGCGAGAGCCAUUAGAAAAUUCGAACUUCUUCAGCGUCGACGCAGCGUUGACGCGCGUCAACUGACGCCCAUGAAAUAGCACCUUUAUACAAUUAUUGGUUUUCGCAUUUUUUACGAUAAAGCUUCGACAGUUGUUAUUAAACGUAAACGUGUCUGGGUCGGAUAUCCACCAGGGGAACUCUAAGAAGAAGAAGAAAAUAACGCAAACUUAAAUUUUGGUACUGUGAACCUCUGUUUGGGUCGGAUAUCCAAUUGGGGAAUUCGAAGAACGUAAACGUUUCACGUUUACGAUUACUUUCUAAUCUUUGCAUGUUGCACAUUAGUACAUUUAUACCGGAAUGUAUUGUAUACCUCGAUUCUGCGUGUAGCACAAUAUUAUUGCUUUUCAAGAAAUUAAUGCAUCGAAUUGUCAAGUUUUUUUUACAUGUAGAUAUACAGACAAGCGACAUUAUAUUCUAGUUUAACUUUCAAUGCUCAAUUAACAUAAGGCAAGUUAAGCGUGUAUACGAAUGCCAAAAAAUGUCAAGGUAUCAAGGUUCUAUUAGGAAACACAUGAGUGAGAGAUACUUUAGCAAACUAUAAUUGCCUAAAACUUGAGCUAACAAUGUCAAAAAAGAUGGUGUUUGGUCAAAAAAGUAGCCAAUCUACGAUAGUGGGAUUUUUGGCAAAGACAACUAAUAAAAACACUAGGAAAUUGAAAUCAGUGACAGAUGAGAAAACUGAUUUAAAUAAUGAACAAUUGUCCAAUAAUUCCUGUCUUGAUAAACAAAGGUUAGCUGGAGACUCGGUAACAAUAGAUGCGAUAAUAAAUCUGGAUAACUCAGACAGUUCAGAUUCGUACAAGAGCCCACUUAAAGUACAACUAAAUACAGUUUGUAAUACAACGGAAUUGUAUCAUGUUAAAAGCCCAACAGAGAAAAAAGAUGAAAUUGAAAAAGAAUUUGGAUUUUCAAAGUUAUUGCGAAAGAACAGCAACUCUCUGAAAACUUGUGUUAUUUCUGAAUCUUCUGAUAGUGAGAAAGAUGAAAAUAAUGUGAGAAGAUGCUUGCGUUUAAAUCCAAAUAAAUUGGAAAUGAAAGAUGAGGAAAAGCAAGCUGUCAUUUCACAAAUGUAUAAGUAUGAUAAAUACAACAGUGAAGAUUUUCCUUCUUCUAGUGGUGCAACAUUGUUAGAGGAAAAUAGGCAAAAGAAAAUAGAACUUGAUGAUGACAAUGACAUAAUACCUAAGAGUACAAAAGAUGAACAAUUAUGGACUCCUAAAAAAAACAAUGUAACAUCUAAUAAAAAAGAGAAAAAUAUUGGAAUUUCAGAAUCUGAUAUCGAUAGUCCUAACUCGAAGUAUAAUGAUGACAGAUCACCAAGAAAAAAUUGGGGAGGAGUUGGUCCUGAUAUUAAAUUGAAUUUGAAAGAUUUAGGUUUAAAUAAACAAUUAGGUUCAUGGGUUGAAUUCAUUCAACAGAAACCAAUAAUGUCCACAAUUCCUGUUACAAAGAACAAGUUGCUUGAGAGACAACAAGAUUUAAAGGAACUUCAAAUUGAAGUUCUUGACAAAUUUUGUAUCGCUCUUGAAUUAAUUCCAUUACCAAUACUGGAACAAUUUCCAAAAUUUGAUCGAGACUCUUUCAAAAAGUUGCAAGGUCUGCAUCGACAUAUAAAAGCUAAGUUACGUUUAAUACAAACAAAGUUAUCAAAGUUACCAAAAGAAGAUGAAAAGAAUAUAUCCCAGUCUCCAGAGACACCUGGAUCUGCAUCGUCAAAAUCUACUACAACACCAAUUUCAUGCAUGUCUGAGAGUCACUUAACAAAUGAUAAUGACUUUGACUAUAACUAUGGCAAUAAUAAUGACAAUUUUGAUGUCUCAUGUACUUCAGUAUUCAAAAUGACAACAGACUUUCGUCGAGACUUGGCAAAUGUAAUGGAAUCUUAUGCAACAAAUGUAAAGAAGCACAAUAAUAUGGAAUCUGUGUCACCAGUUAAGUCACCUGAAAUCAUGGUUCAAAACAAGAAGAGUACUUUUCAAUUGAAAAGACCUAUCAAAACAAUAUUGAACACUCAAGUUUCAAAGACAAUAGCAGAAAUGUGGGAAAAGGACCAACAAAUAUCUAAGACAGUGAAUUCUUCAGUGGAUUUUGAUUGUGUUUUCGCAAAUGAUACAUUUAAUGAUAGUAUUAAAACGCCGUCAAGUAAUGAAAAAAAUAGUCUUAGUUUAAAAAGAAAUACUAUCUCGGAUAGUCCAGAUAGUCCAGAUAACAAGAUUAAUGCAAAUAGAACUCAAGGUACCUGUCAAAGAAUUACUGCAAAAGUUGAAACCUUAACACAACAGUUGGAAGAAUUUCCAGCUUUAGAAGAAAAUUGUAAUAUAGAUAUAAGUGACGAUUUGACAGAUUGGCCACAAAGUAAUAUGGCACAGAGUAGGAAGUGCAUCGAUGACAAAGCUUACUUAAAAUGUGAAAAAAAUAGCAUAGAAUAUGGAAAAUUUACUGGAAAUUAUAAGAACGAUGGUAUUAGUGGGGAAUUUGAUAGUUUAACAUAUCCACAUUCGCAAGAAAUGUUACAGGUAUUUCGACAGAGAUUCGGUUUAUAUACUUUCAGAUCAAAUCAAUUGCAAGCUAUUAAUGCAACACUUUUGAGGUUUGAUUGUUUCGUUUUGAUGCCGACUGGAGGUGGAAAGUCUCUUUGUUAUCAGUUACCUGCUCUUUUAAAUGUCGGAUUAACAGUUGUUAUUUCACCAUUGAAAAGUCUUAUUUUGGACCAAGUUCAAAAACUGAUCUCACUCGAUAUUCCUGCGGCACAUUUAUCCAGUUCUAUAACAGACAAUCAAGCAGAGGCGAUAUAUAGGGAACUUUCCAAAAAAGAACCUGCUCUCAAAAUAAUAUAUGUAACACCAGAGAAAAUUUCCGCCUCGCAAAAAUUUUGUAAUACUUUAACUAUUUUGUAUGAGAGAGAAUUAUUGGCAAGGUUUGUUAUUGACGAGGCACAUUGCGUUAGUCAAUGGGGUCAUGAUUUUAGACCAGAUUAUAAAAGAUUAAGAUGUCUCAGAGACAAUUAUCCUAAAGUGCCAACAAUGGCUCUAACUGCAACAGCUACACCGCGUGUUAGAACAGAUAUUUUGCAUCAAUUGGGUAUGACUAAUCCAAAAUGGUUUAUGUCGAGUUUUAAUAGACCUAAUUUGAGAUACAGCAUAAUAUCGAAGAAAGCGAAAAAUUGUUCCGAUGAAGUCGUCGCUAUGAUAAUGACAAAAUUUAAGAACACUUGCGGCAUUGUAUAUUGCUUAUCACGUAAAGAUUGCGACGAUUACUCUGCACAUAUGAAAAAAAAUGGCAUUAAAGCAUUGAGUUAUCAUGCAGGACUUACAGAUGGUCAAAGAAGCAGUUGUCAAGGAAAAUGGAUUUCCGAUGAAGUACACGUUAUAUGCGCGACUGUAGCUUUUGGAAUGGGGAUUGAUAAACCAAACGUGCGCUUUGUGAUACAUGCAGCCUUGCCAAAGUCCAUAGAAGGCUAUUAUCAGGAAAGUGGUCGUGCUGGUCGUGAUGGCGAAAUAGCAGACUGCAUUUUAUUUUAUCAUUAUGCAGAUAUGCAUCGAAUUAGAAAAAUGAUUGAAUUAGAUAAUCCAAAUCCACAAGUCAUUAGUACACAUAUGGAUAAUUUGUUUAAAAUGGUAGCAUUUUGUGAAAAUACUACAGAUUGUCGUAGAUCGUUACAGCUUAAUUAUUUUGGAGAGAUAUUUGAUAGGCAACAAUGUAUCGCGAAUAAGAUAACUGCAUGUGAUAAUUGCAGAUGCAAGGGCGAGAUUACGAUGUUGGACGUUACUGAAGAUGCAAAAGAGAUUAUGAAAGCUGUGAGAGAUAUUAACAAUAAAAAGAAUUGCAAACUUACACUAGUAUUCUUAACAGAUAUUUUUAAAGGCAGUGAUCUGAAAAAGAUUAGAGAAUCAGGUCUUACGAAACAUCCUUUAUAUGGUCGUGGUAAAUCGUGGAACAAAAGUGACAUAGAACGCCUUUUACAUUACAUGGUAUUGCAAGAAUAUUUACAAGAAAAUAUGUAUAUUAAUAAUGAAAUUGCUUGCGCAUAUGUAAAAAUUGGACCAAAAGCGAGCGAACUUAUGACAAAAAAAGAUGUAAAGGUACAGAUACCAACGAGGCAAUCGAAUAAAUCUACGAGUGGUGUGGCUACAGUUUCAACAGUUACGAAAAAAGUCGAUGGUAUUAUAAAAGAAUUGCAAGAUCGUUGCUACACGGAAUUGAUGACGAUAAUAAGGGGAAUCGCUGGCGCAUUGGAUGUUUCUGCUUCUUCUAUUAUGAAUAUGGUAGCUGUCAGAGCUAUGAGUCAACGUUUACCAGAAACUGAAGAAGCCAUGUUACAAAUACCACACGUCACCAAGGCUAACUUUGUCAAAUAUGGCAAAGCUCUUUUAAACAUUACGCAGAAAUAUGCGGCAGAAAAAACUGGACUGCUAAAUGAAAAUGAUGAAGAUCAGAAUAGCGAUGACAGUAAUGAUAACACCUGGAAUGACAAUAAUUCAAACUACUCUUAUAGUAGUAAUAAUAGUAGCAGUCGUGGCAAGAAACGAAAGAUUGGCAAUAGAUCUAACAGUACUAGUAAUAAAAAGUAUAAAAGAGGUGGCUCGAGUGCAUGGAAAGGAAAAGGUCGUCAGAGUGUGCCAAAAAGCUCAAAAGGUCCAAAAUAUAAUACAACUACAAAAAAGGUAGUAGGACUCGCAAGUUUCAGCCAAACAAAACAAUAUCUCGCAAAUCCCAAUAGAUACAUGAACAUUGCUUAAUUUUUUUUUCUGUUUAUUAUAAUUAUAAAUUAUUUACAGCGUUUGCUAUAUAUAAUGUAUAGACACAAUAUCGGUACAUAUCUUGGGAUACACGGUAUCCAAAGUUUUCUGUAUGGCGUUUUAGUCAUUUUAUUACAUAAAACAAUUUGAUACACAAAUAUUGCAAAAUUAUAUGAAUUCUAAAUGGUUAUCAAACAUGUAUGUAAAAUGUAACUUUUGUAAUAAAAUAUUUUUUAUACGUGAGAAA